CGACAACGUAGUUCAAAAGCAAAAGCAAAGCAAAUAGAGUACUAAUGAAUUCGUAACUGGAUAGCUGCACGAGAUGCUCCUCUUCUUGAGCUCUGCAAGAUGUUCAAGUAAUUCUUCAAGCUUCUUACACCAAGAUAAUCCCAGAAUUUCUUACAUAUUGGGGUAACUCUGUGUCUCCUGACUUGGGAAAUAUGUCCCCAUUUUAUGCUUGUCUAUCUUGAGUGAUUCUCCAGCGAAGUAGGCCCUCGAUUUUCAGGAAAAUAUAAUUGUUGUCGUCAAUUCCUGGAGCCAUUAACUUCCUUUGGACUUGAAAUUAAACAAAUUCCACAGAUUCAGUUGUGUCUUCCUCAACAUCGGCUUCCUCCCAUUCACCUUCUUCUUCCUCUUCCUCACCACCUGAGUUCCAUUGGUUGAGACCAGCAUGCAUCGGAUAAAUGUCAAGAUUGUUUCCCUCGUCUGGUUCGGUAAGCAUCUCAGUCUCCACAAAACUAUGUUAUCAACGUCUACAUCAGCCUUGCCAUGAUGAAGAGAAUCCAAACUAUCAAAACACUCGCUUAAUUUUAUUGUCUGCGAGAACCCGCCGCUAUCUUCUAGAACCGGUUGGCGAUGUAUGGGAGCUUGUAAAAAGAAAGCUAAACUCAACAGAGAAAGGUAAAAAGCAUACUCGUUCAGUGAAAAAGAAAUCUGGGAAAUGUUCUUUCCAAAAUUCAUGUGAAUGUCCAGUACAAAUGCGGAGGAUGUGGCGAGAAGGACAGAGGAGGAGCCCUCGAAUAUCUGCUUUAGAUGCGAGGAAGGCUCAGCCAUCGAGGUCUCCUGUUGCUCGAACUAGGUGUAGUACCACUACUGUUACUAGUACUAACACUAGUUUACACGUAGAGCAUCAGCAAAAGAAACGCCGUUGUUUGGAUAACGGUGAGGGGCCAGCUUCCCGGACAAGGGCCACGAAGAAGAGGAAGCUCAGACCUCUUCAAGAUGUGGGUUCUCCUCCAAGUGCUCAACAGGAUCCCAAGUCCAGUGAUGAACAGGAUGGAAGACAAAAAAGUCAAGGAAACCUUAUAAGAAAUAGUGGACCAGAUCAACCCAUUGUGCAAUGUAAAGAUAGGACAAAAAAUGGAGAUCCAGUUUCCAAGCCAGUUUCAAUUAUUUCAGGUCAAUCACUUUCCGCACCAUAUGUGUCACAGAUGCCAAAAAAACACAUACUUGAGCUUAUUCUUGACAUAUUACAGAGGAGAGAUGCUUAUGAAAUAUUUGCAGAACCAGUCGACCCCAAUGAGGUAGAGGAUUACUAUGAAAUUAUCAAAGAGCCUAUGGAUUUUGGGACUAUGAGAGCUAAACUUCAUGAAGGAAUGUAUAAUAGUCUUGAACAAUUUGAGCAUGACGUGUUUCUAAUUCCCAGAAAUGCAAUGCAUUUUAACUCCUCAGGUACAAUCUUUUUCAGACAGGCUCGUGCCAUUGAUGAACUGGCUAAGAAGGUUUUUCAUGUUCUUAAAACUGAUCCUGAGAAUUUUGAAUUGGAAUUUUCGGGGACUAGACGACGAGCAAGUAGAAGACCCAAAAGUGAAGCUAAGAGUUCAACUUAUAGCUCAGUAUCUAAACUUGCCACAAAUUCAAGAUCCAAUAAUGUGACACCCAGUGCAUCGGGAAAACCUGUGUGCAAUUCAGCAAACAGUAUAGCGAAUUUAAGAACAGCAGGACAAGUAAUUCCUCGGUGCGCUGCCGGUGGUAUUUCUGCUCAAUCAGACACAAGGGAUGUUGAAGUGCCUUUAGGGUUUGGAGUUGAUAGACGAUCUGGUUCUUCUGAAGCAGAUAGGCGUUCUACAUAUAAACCUUGGUUGUCCAUCCUUAGUGAGAAUCAUUCAAUUGUUUCAAAAAUUUAUACUAAUUCCAAAAUGCUAAUGCAUGUGAAUCAGCAGGACAUUAGUUAUAAGAAAAGCUUAAUGUUGUUUGUUAAAGAUUUAGGGCCAACAGCCCAAAUGAUUGCCCAACGCAAGUUAAGUGGAUGGUCAACUGAAGCUAACAAUUAUCUAUAUUCAGAUUCAAAUUGGCCUAAGGCUCCAAACUGUAAGAAUUAUGUGACUACCAGCUUUGCCCAGUGUGUACCCACUUCCGCGGAUACUUCAACAACCAUUAAGAAGUCUCAAAACUUAAGCAGUGGUGACAGGAUUGACAUGGGUAAUGCUGAUAAAGGGAAGAGUUCUUAUUCUUGUGACCAAAUAGGAACCAGUGGCGCCUCAGUGGCAGUGGCCUCACAGGAUAAUGGUACGAGUACGUUUGGGGCCAUUAGACUAGAAGCUGUGAGCAGCAAUGAUACAAAAGUUGAGGGUAUUUCUAAGGAUAACAAUUUUCAACAGAAUCAGAAUGGUAGGAUACAAAUCGGCUUGCAUUCAUCCAUAAUUAAUGCAAGAGAUAUGAAUUUUUCAGAUGCUGGUUUAAACGACAAAGACCUGAAGUCCACAAAACUGAAAAUGGAGAAAAGCAAGAUGGAUGACAAACCAUGGUUACUGAAUUCAGCUUUCAAGGACAGCUUUUCAUCAUCUUCCUGGUCCUUAGAGAGCAUGGCCUCAGGUGCAUCAGGUUUUGGUCAAACUAGAGGGUCCAUGAAUAAUCUGAGUGUACAAUAUCUGAUAGGUUAUGAUCAAGGUGGAAUUCAUGAACUUGGUAGUUCAACUGAGACAGAUUGGUCAUUAAAAUCAAACGAGGCGUCAACACAAGUUUCCCAGUUUAUAUUUGAUCUACCCUUCCUAAGGACACGACUUGACGAGAUGAAGCAUUUGGGACAGAAGAGAUUUCUGCAAGAGAGCUCAGGUGGCCAAGGAGGUUUUGUGGAUAGAAUGAGCGAGAGUUACCGCGAUAAACCUCCACACUCAUCUUUAGAUACUCAGCUUGCUAGUUUGGCUCUUCAGCUGUGAGAAGCGAAUAUAUAUCACAAUAUAUUAAACCUUGUAAAUAUGCAUAUAAUGACUUUCUAUUUGCAUCAUGAAAAACCAAGCUUCUUGCUUCUGAAGAGUACAUUGCAAGUGCUUCUCCCUCUUUCCUCUUAGAUUGUACUUAAUUUUUGUCUGUGAAAGACAAAUUUUUAAUUUCUUUUUUAA